AUGUCCGCCAACAAAACCAUCGUCCUCGUCACAGGCGGCAACAAUGGCAUCGGCCUUGCGGCCUGCCAGCUCUUCGCUACAAAGUCCGACUACCACUGUAUCAUGGCCAGUCGCUCUCUCGACAAGGGAAAGAAAGCACUAGAAUCGAUCCAGUCCUCGAACCCAUCCGGCACGGUCUCGCUGGUUCAACUCGACGUUACCUCCGACGACUCCAUCGCCGCCGCCGUCGAAGAAGUCAAAGCGAAGCACGGUCGUCUAGAUGUCCUUAUAAACAACGCUGGUAUCUGCCCCGUGGAAUUUUCUCGCACCCUCCUUCGCGACUGUCUGGAAACCAAUACCAUCUCGCCCGCAGUGGUAACAGAAGCCUUCGCGCCGCUUCUAUUGAAAUCAAGCAGCGCUCGCCUCAUCUAUGUCACCUCGGCGCUAGGCUCUAUCGAGAAGCGCAGCGAUCCAACUGACUUUGCGUAUGACGCGCCUUACAAAGCGUAUCGCAUCAGCAAGGCGGCGUUGAACAUGCUGGUCGCAUGUGAUGCCUAUGAGUACAAGGGUCAGAUCAAAACGUUUGCCUUUUGUCCAGGUUUUGUGAUCACGGAUCUUGCUGGGAUGCGAGAAGAAAAAGAGCAGGGCGGUGUUGCUAAGAGUCCGGACGGCAGUGCAAGGGGUCUGUUGGCUAUUGCAGAGGGGAAGAGGGACGAGGAGAAUGGGAGGUUCUUGCAUGAUGAGGAACCAGGGAAUCUGUAUCCUUGGUAG